AUGUACUUCAUCAUCUCGCUAUUCUUAAUUUUCAACUUCCUCGUUAAAUGGGCAGCCGCGGAAGAACACACAAUUUACUGGAACGUGUCAAAUGUCGAUUUUCGUUUUCCUGAUGAAUCGUCAAACAGCAUCACUGUGAGCAUGGAUGAUACCUUACGAGUUGUGUGCCCCGCUGAUGGGGUCGAAAAAAGAUACUUGAAGAUUCAUAAGGUCAGUGCUUUAUCUUAUGAAUCCUGCCUUCUCGAGACACAAAAGACGCUCGUCGUUACAUGUGAUGGCAGUGAAGCAUCCAAGAAGCCCACUAUCAUAGGAGUACGGCGUCUCAGUCCGCUGCCCUCGUCUGAAUCUAUACUUUUCGAACCGGGCGAGACCUACUACUGGAUUGCAACUUCAAGUGGAGAAAAGGAGGGAAUCAAUCAAGCCCAUUACGGUAUGUGCGCGGCGGACAACAUGCGACUCGUCAUUCACGUUCGAGCACAAUCGGAUACGUCCAGCACAGAAAUCCGGACUACUACCAUUAAGAGUGUUCGGCAGGAAUUGGCACAUAUUCCAUCAGAAACUCCUGUUAACCCCAGAUUUUCUGCCAUUGCCCACUCCCUUGCAACGUAUCCACAACGACGUGAGCCGAAAAUUCCUGAUGGUGUUACGCCUGAACAAUUACAAAAGGUCGCUGCGCUUGCUCAGAAAGGAGCUACUGGCACAUUCACUUUUGGUACACCCUCAGCACAAGAUCACGAGAGAGAUGGUGGUUCUCGAGCAGAAAGCAUUUUGUGGGACACUGCUCCACUUUUGGAGAACGUAUUCAGUGGGGCGUCUGACGACUUGUUGUUGGGCUCCAAUCGAAUAGGAGAUGAAGAGGGGGCAUUCGUCGUUCACGAGGACAUAGGUGAGACUUUCUACAAUAUGACUUGA